AUGGGGAACGAUGGUCCUGAUGCACUCUUCGAUGGACCUGCAAUGUGGCUGAGGUUCACAACUGAUGGAAGUGUCACGUAUAGUGGAUUUAGCCUUUGGGCUAUCAGCAUGCCGCCUAAUGCAAGCGCAGACUUCAACUGCACCUUCGAGAGAGGGUUUUGUGGCUGGAGACAAUCCAACGAGGACAGUUCCAACUGGAUCCUGCAGAAUGGACAAACUCCUUCCUUCAAUCCCGGACCACUUUUCGACACGACAUUAGGCAGGACUCUCAAUGUGUACCAUGUUCCAGUUAAUCAGACAAUCAGUGAGGGUGAAAUCAUCUUUACAAGUGGUCACUAUGUAAGAGAUUGGAUCAAAGCCAGGAGUUGUGUGAGAAAUGCUACUUCAGAAUUUCAAAUUGCUCUUGAGGCACUCCAUGGUAACAGCUUUCGGUCGUACACUGCAAUCGAUGACAUUAAUACUGUUAUCCCUCGAAUGUUCCUCUUUGAUUCAACUGAAGACUUUCCAGCUAAUGAUGGAGAAGCAGUCCUUAUAGAAGGAGAAGAUCAUGCAUUUACGUGCAUGGUACCACACGUAAACCGCGAUGUAGAAUUUGUCUGGACCUUGGCUGGUCAGCGAGUGAAACAAGUCAGUAGCAGAAGCGUUGACACCAUCGACGGAUUGAGUGCUAGCAGUAAUAUCAUUGUGUCACCUAACGGAGAGAUACCAGUACAUGGAAAGACACUACAAUGCGAAGCGUUCGACGCAGACGGUGAGCUGAUCGACAAUAUGACUGUAUCAAUCGCUGUAAAAGGCUUCAACUGCACCUUCGAGGAAGGGCUUUGUGAUUGGAGACAGUCCGAUGAGGAUGGGUCCAACUGGCUGCUGCAGCAGGGGCGAACUCCUUCCUCCAACACCGGACCAGAUUUCGACAGGACGCUAGAUGCAAGUGGCCAAUACGUCUAUUAUGAAGCAUCCAGUGGAUAUGGAGACACUAACGCUAUACUUAUCAGCCCUGUCAUUUCGCCAAGUGGAGAACAGCCAUACAACAAAUGGUGCUUCAGCUUCUGGUACAACAUGUAUGGAAGGGACAUGGGUAAGCAUUUUAAUCCGUUCUAG